CUGCUAGCCCCCUGUUCCUCCCCAUCGGCCCCACACUCUGCCAUCCGUGCCCCGCUUUUCACCGGUCCGCUCCUUCACUCCACACUGCUGUUGCUGCUGCCAGCUCGUAAUCUGUCAUGCGCCCCUGUACCGCCUCCUCAUGCUGCUUGCCAUCAGUCCAGAGCCUGUGUAUGGCCUUCAAUUGAAGCUGCUUCUGCUCUGCCACUCUGCCAUUGGACUCUUGAUAGUCGUCUCCCCACACUGCUGCUGGGGGACUUUUUAACAUAGGCCUCUGUAUGGCCUUCAAUUUAAGCUGCUUACGCUUCGCCACUCUGCCAUGGGCCCCUGUACCGCCUCCUCUUGCUGCUGCCAGG